AUGUCCGAUCCGAGCUCGACAGACGAUGACCUCCUCGCCCGCCUCAACGCGCUCAAGAAGUCCUCUGUCAGCCUAGACACAAAUUACGGCGCGUCAACAACGCCUACGAACCCCCCUAAGCCUACUGAUGGCCUCGCUGCCCGCUUCGCACGUCUUGGCAGCGCGUCUCCCUCGGGCUCGCCACAGCCGUCACGUACAACGUCCACCAACAAUGCAGGCGCACCAGUCGUAGCGCCAGGGGCACCGAGCUACCUGCAAGGCAUAGCCCAGGGUAUAGGAGGCUCGAAUGUAGAGUUUAAUGAGGAAGACGAAAAGAGUCUGGAGGAGUUGCUUGGCGAGCUGAAGGGCGCCGUAGGUGACCGAAAAGAAUGGGACGUGUCCAAAGAGGAGCAACAAGAUGUCGGAAAGCUACUGAAAGACAUGCGCAAGAUACUACCAGAAGUAGUGAAUAGCCGGGCACAAGAUUCGCCGGGCGGAAAUGGGAAACGCAACCAACCAUCGAAGGAGGAACUUACAGACUGGGAGAGCAUCGAAAUCAAUGUUGGAAGUGGAGAUGUUGGUAGGGCUCAGGAAGACAUGGAAAACGAAGAAGAAGAAGAAGGCAACGAAGACAAGAAAACGAGGACCGAGGACGAUGAGGCGGACGAUGUAAUAGCGAGGGUUAUGGCGGAACUAGAGAUUAGCAACAAGUACGAUCCUCCUUCUCCUCCGUCUGGAGAUGACAGAUCGGACUCCGGAGGCCAAAAAAGCAAACCAGAGGAGAACACAACGGACGACGGCUUUACACUUCCUUCCGCCCCGAGCACCCUGCCCGAAGACGACUUCGCACGCAGUCAAGCCAUCGAGGAUGCUUUUACCGCACGCCUGGCCGCCCUAGCUGCCCCUUCUUCAUCACAGGCGGAUCCUCUUGGUCUCCCCUCUGCUCCAUCAUUUGCACCCAGGAACAAACCCCCCGUGUCUGCGAAUAUACAGAAGAAGAUUGAUGAUGAGGUUGAUACAUGGUGUAUCAUCUGCCAGGACGACGCGACUCUGAAGUGCUUGGGUUGUGACGACGAUUUAUAUUGCCAGAACUGUUGGAUGGAAGGCCAUCGAGGGGAGUCUGCUGGCUUCGAGGAGAAGCGACAUAAAGCCGUGUUGUAUUCGAAGAAGAAGAAACAACAAGCUGCUGCAUGA